AAGACUCAGCGUAUUUUGACCAAUGAACUGAAGCACAAAAUGUAAUUCAGUUUUAAAGUGUCUGCACUGGACUAUACUAAAUGACUUGUAUGUAAGUGAGCGAUAUAUUAACCUUUUGAUAUCACAAUUGUCUAUAAUAGACAGACUGAGCGCUUGUUUAAACCACAUUAUAACUGUGUGCAAGGAAGGAAUCAUGGGCAACACAGUGUUUUGCAUUUUGUCACUGGCACUGGUUCUUUUUAAAGGUUGCUUAUGUGUUCCGCCACCAGUGCCAGAUCUCCCAGAUGACUGGCCCGAGGAAAUAUCAAAUGGGUCGUAUAUUAUGAAAGUUCUAAAUCCAGAACAACGUUUGCGCAGAUUGUCACUGAAGUCCAAAUAUGUUUACCAUAACGGUGUUAUCUCCAGUCAUGACCAAGGCGGUUAUAGAAUUCGAGUUGAUGGAACAUACGCUGUGUCUGACCAUGCGAUGAAUAUAGCCGCAUGCACUGCCAAGAAGAUGACGCAAUAUAUGCCUACCGCCAUCUUCAACAGACUUGCAUCUAGCGCUAAGAUAGGAAUAUUCUCAAAAGCAGAAACUUUGACUGUUUAUCCAGAGUAUGCAGCGCAAAGGAAUCCUGCCGACUGUGGUUCGACUAACUGUGCUGGUCAUUGCAAAAAUUCUUGUACCUUCGACGGAAGAAAAUGGUAUACGGUCGCCGGAGCAGGGGGACGAAGAACUGCCAUAUUAGAUGACAAUAUUCUGUGUAACAGUGCUGACCCAUACCAUAAAACAAACAAUAUACUUGUACACGAAUUCGCACACACAGUAAAAAAUUAUGGGUUGACUGCCUCCGAAAGAAGUCAGGUAAAUACAGCAUACAAUCAUGCCAAGUCGGCGCGUUUGUGGGCCGAUUAUUAUCCCAUGGCAACCGUUGAGGAAUAUUUCGCCGUCGGAUCUGGUGUAUACUUUAACGCCGAUCAUCAGCGUUAUAGGGGAACUGGCAAUCACAUGGAUCUAUGCAGCGGAAGUAACUUCUGUACGUCCGAGUAUCAAUCAAGGACCCACUUGUAUCAGAUCGACAACUCAUUGUACAACAUACUAACCCAUGUCUAUAACAACAAUGAUCCAAGUCACUACGCCAACAUAGGAAUCUGUGGAGGAACAUGCUAAUUGCCUGUGUAAUCAUGGUCAUUUCGCAAAUACAGAUUUACACAUUU